CUGAUUUCAGCUUUGGUUACUUGAAUUUUUCAAUCAGUGUGAUUCUUCUUCAUUCAACCCAAUACUCCCUUAUAUAUACACAUACUAUGCAAUAAAUAGUAAAUCAAUUGUGAUACUAAAGGAAAUCAGAAGAGAGAGAUGGAGUUCAAGAACUACUAUCUUGACCUAAUAAUGAUACCUUUAUCAUUCAUAAUAUCCAUCAGCUAUAACUUAUGGUUAUGGCAUAAGGUUCGUACUGAACCACUCUCGACUGUCAUUGGUGCAAAUGCCCAUGGACGCCGGUUAUGGGUAUCUACCAUUAUGAAGGAUAACGACAAGAAAAACAUUUUAGCUAUCCAAACAAUUCGAAAUACAAUAAUGGGAUCAACCCUCAUGGCUACUACAUCGAUUGUUUUAUGCUGUGGUUUAGCGGCUGUUGUUAGUAGCAGUUAUAGCGUCAAAACACCACUUAACAACACUAUUUAUGGGGCACAUGGACAAUUCAUGGUGGCGCUAAAAUUCUACAAUAGUGACUUCAACUUAUGUUUCCGAGCUUUUAGAGAAGAGUUUUAUGCUUGGCAUGAUAGGAAACCGGCUUUUCUAUUCGGCACUUCCAGUUAUGCUUUGGAUUUUUGGUCCGGUGCUUGUUUUGUUGUGUUCUUCAACCAUGGUGCCUGUGCUUUAUAA